GGAAUAGGCUGGGAGACUGGGCAUCUCGAAUUGUCCAAGGCUACUGUAUUCCUCUUUGUUCUGUUCAUCAUGAAUAAUAAGAAUUUCCGAUCCUUUCUUCUUUAUUUCCUAUUGAUUUUAUACUGUUUUGAGCUAGCAAUUACCACUGAUCUAUCAUUGGUAUUAGAGCAUCACUGCUCCUGGAGAUCGGAAUUGGAGUGCGACUUCAGAUAAACUCUCAUUCUGUGGUGGAUGGUUAAAACCAGAGCCAACAUGGAGAUGCGCAUGGAUGCGAUGGAUCAGAAACUAUAGGAGGUACAAUCGGCGAUGGAGAACUUGUCGACGAACAUGGCGGCUUCUAUUGCCGCGUUGAGUGAGCAGCUCCGGUCCAGAGAACGAUCGCGAUCGCAACCUCGUCACCUCACACCUACGACAUCGGGAGGUAAUCCGCAUCACUUGUAUCACAGAAGACCUGAGGAUAACCAUCAAUUUCCAGUACAUACGGGUAGAAAACUUGAUUUACCUGUAUUUAAUGGGGAUGGGGCGUAUAACUGGCUUGUGCGAAUGGAGAGGUAUUUCUGCCUAAAUCAGAUUAGUGAAGAAGACCAGGUGGAAGCUGCAGUUGUCGCAAUGGAGGACUGAGCUCUAAACUGGUUCAUUUGGUGCGAGCACCAAACUGAAUUGGACGAGUUGGAAGAAUUUGAAGAAUGCUAUCAUACACAGAUUUCAGCCAGACCUAAUUCAGAAUCCAUAUGGGCCUAUGCUAAGCUUGAAACAGACUGGAAGUGUGCAGGAGUUCAGAGAUGAAUUUGAAAUGGUGAUAGCUCCACAAAUUAAUGUUGAUAUGGAGAUUUUGAGAGGAAUCUUCCUGAAUGGCUUACAGACUGAAAUCAAAGCUGAACUUAAGCUGCAUAACUCCAGUUCAUUGAAUGAGAUUAUGGACAGAGCUCUACUGAUUAAAAGUAGAAAUGAGGCUAUAUAUCUGAAGGGUAAAGGUGAAGAGAAAGUUGCUGGGAGAGAUAAGGGACCUAUUACUUAUAAACCGGCAGUUUGGGGAGAAGGAUACAAGUCUCAAUCUGGUAAUUCAUGGCCUAGUACAAGUGGGAAGAAUGCUGCAGAAAACAAGAGUAACCCGUCUUGGUUUACUCCUGAGGGAAAGAAGGAGACAGAAAUAAAGCCCUCAGACAUCAGGAGGGUGGGGCCACAACUGUCACAGGAAGAAUAUCUGGACAGGAGCAGGAAGGGACUUCGUUUUAAGUGUGGAGAAAAAUGGAGCAAAGAACAUACCUGCAAAUUAAAGAAUUACAAACUCAUACUGGUGGAAGAUUCUGAUAAUGAGGAGGAAGUAGAAGGUGCAGAGUUGGAAAUUGCAGCUGAAGGAACUACCAUGGAAUUUAAGGUUGGGAACAUUCUCUUCUGAGUAAGGAAGGGAUACCUUCUCUGAGGACUUUCAAGGUCAAAGGGAGUAGAAUGGGCUGAAGGGAAGGCAGAGGUGAAAGUACUCAUUGAUAGUGGGGCCACCCACAAUUUUAUAUCACAAAGGUUGGUGGAUCAAUUGUGACUAAGCUUACACACCAUUACUGGAUACAUGGUUCAGAUUGGUAACGGAGAGGAGAUUAUCAAAAAUGGCAGAUGUGAGGAUCUAACGUUAGGUUUACAAGAUACCAAAAUAAAUCAGCACUUUUAUGUUUUGGAUCUGGGAGGUACAGACUUGGUGCUUUGAAUGGAGUGGCUGACUACUUUGGGUGAUGCGGAAAUAAACUUUCAGAAACAAAGUAUAAAAUGGAAGAUUCAGGGGUUAGAUCAGCAGAUUCAAGGGGACCCAUACUUGAACUCCAUGGAGAUAUCACUCAAAACCAUGACUCAGAUUCUGCAGGACACUGAUGUUGGUUAUUUUAUGUUUGGUGAAGGACAAUCUGUGAAGGUAAAGGGUGUUGCUUGUGCUGGAAGUCAGGAUAAAGCUCUGGGGUUUGACAACACUGAAAUAAUUCUGGGGGCUUUGACAAAAUCCGGGGUGCAGUAUGAUCCACAGUAUAUUGCAAUUGAAGAGUCCAUGUUCACUCAAUUUGAUGCCAAGUUGGGGGUGACAGUAAAGGAAAGUGCAGUAAAGCUGGGGAAGCAAACCUUGAAAACUGGUUUUGAAGCUUACCAACUGUGGAAGUUUUACCUUGAAGAUAGGAAUUCCUGUUCCAUAUUGAAGAUAACACCUGCUGAAAUGUUUGUGAUAUCAAAAGAAUUGGUAUUGAAGUUCUUAGUCCAGCUAUCAGUCAAGUAUUGGGAAGAGGGAAGUGCAAGAAUGAAGUGCAAGUGGAAGAUCAUGGCUGACUCCUAUCACCCACCUUGAGGGCAAGGUGGUUGUUUAGGGGGGGAGUAUUGAUAGGAAUCUAGACAAUAAUACUAAUAAGAAUAUUAGAAUAGUACUACCUCCGUUUCCCUAUGUUUGGGACAAGAGAAGGUGGCACAAUUAUUAAUAAAGGUGGGUUUAUGUGGUUGAUAUUGAAUUUAUAAAGUAAGAAUAAAGUAGGAAUGAUUUAGAACCACACAAACUUUACCAAAUAAGGUAUGGGACAAUCUUAGUGGGAUGGACCGAAAUGGUAAAAUGGGACAAUCAUAGCGGGACGGAAGGGGUAUUAAAUAAUGUAUAAGUGAGGAUUAUGGGCCAUUUAGUAUAUCUGGAGUAUUGGGCCUAUUAUGGUAGCUUAAUAAGUGGGCUAGUACUAUAAAUAGAAAGGGAUGGAAGGCAAGUAUUCUGUUAGGAAUAGGCUGGGAGACUGGGCAUCUCGAAUCGUCCAAGGCUACUGUAUUCCUCUUUGUUCUGUUCAUCAUCGAUAAUAAGAAUUUCCGAUCCUCUCUUCUUUAUUUCCUAUUGAUUUUAUACUGUUUUGAGCUAGCAAUUACCACUGAUCUAUCAUCAUCAUUCAAGAGGGUAUUUUCACUCUGCUGAAAAUACAUAUUUACCAGGACUUGAUUUGGGUUGCCAACCCUAAAGUCUUUUGGACUAAGGCAGUAAGGCUUGGAUGUUGUUGUAUCAGGACAUGAUUUAGGUUAAUGGAGAUGAUGUACAAGUUCUUUUUUACUCGUUAAUGGCUAACAAAGGAAGCUAAGAAUAAUGCUCAGCCUAUAGUAGGUAAUUUGGAGGUCUUAUUUUUCUACCAUAUUAAGGGGGUGUAUUUAAUUGGGACAUUUGUAGACAUUUUAGGAUUUGUGAAAUCUGAGUGUAUUUAAUUGAGACAUUCUAAGACAUUUUAUAAAUCCUAAGAUGUCUAGGUGUAUUCAUAUUGGACAUAAGGACUUGGAUUCUUGUUUCAAUCUGGACUUACCUAGACUCAUAAGCCCAAAUACAAGUAUAAAUCCUAAAUCCCAAAUCUCACCUCCUUACGUGAGAUUUGGAAUUCAUCAAAGAAAAGCGAAGACGACUGGGAAUUCAAGAACUGCAUCUCUAGGGUUGAGGUAAUUAUUUCUUCACUAUCUUGUUGAUUACUGUUUUUUCUUGUUCUGCAAAAGUUCUACUAAAGUAUACCUGCGGUUGGCUUUUUCGUAGUGGUAAAUCUUCUAGCGGUAGGGUAGAUGUUGGUGGAAGCCAUUGCUUUUGGUCCGAUAGUGACCAUGUGUCGAGCCAUUGGCUGGACUGAUUAGUGAGAAUAAGCUAUUGGUUUAGAUAGUAAACAUACCGUAAACCCAAUCUGCAAACGUUCUUUUCAAGUAUUCAUAAGUGAAAAUAAGCAAAGCAAAAUACGGAAAUAAGCCUCAAGUCCUUAUUAGAUGACAAUUGACAAUAUGUGCAGUAGUAAUGUUUGCUUAUUUUCACUUGGAAAUAAGCAAAAACGUAGCUUUUGCUGGAACUGAUUUUGGAGGCUAUAGCUAUUAAUGUUUGUUCAAUUGAUUAACAAGAUCAAUUAAAAGUUGAGAUAUGUGUUUUUACUCUUAUUAAUUAGUUGAGCUAUGGAUAAUCAACUACGUAAUAGACUAAUAGCUAUGGAAUGCCUUCAUAGUUGAGCUAAAGCUGCGUUCAAUUGAUCAAUAUAUAACUUGUGUUAUUUUUAUGUUUGUGCAUCCAAAUACAUUGUUUUGUUUAGACCAGUUAACAUGGGAGAUUCGGGAUAUCGAAAUUGGACCAAUGAAGAAAGCAAUGAACUACUGCGGCUAAUGGUUGAUGCUGCCAACCGAAAUUGGCGUGAUCGCUCCGGCAAAAUUAACAAGUCAACGGUGGAGCAGCACAUACUAAAGCCUCUUAACGACAACCUUGGAAUCGACAUGACUUACAAACAAUAUAAAAGUCGUGAGAAAUACUUCAAGAGGUUGUAUUGCAAGUACAGUAAUCUCAUGCAGCACAAUUCUGGCUUUGGAUGGGAUCAUAAUUCCAAGUUUUUCACUGCAUCUGAAGAAGUGUGGGACAACUAUUUUAAGGUGAACUCUAUUUAUUAUGACAUAAUACAUACAUCAUAUUUAAACACAUAUUGUUUUUUUUAUACCUAAUCAAAUAAAUUUGUAACUCCUUUUCCUAGUCCCAUCCAAAAGACUCAAGCUUAAGAACAGAAUCGCAUCCUGAUUAUGAAGAUCUGAGAAUUGCCGUGGGUAAUGGCACUGCUAGAGGUGCACAUUCCAUUGCAGUAGGUGACAAUACAAUAGAAGACUUGACAGAAACUCGUAGUACAUUGGAUGGAUUAACAUAUGAUCCCCUCAAUGAUGCAUUUGUCCGUUCAAGUGCACAACAUUCUUCUCCACCCUCUCCUGAGAUUCAAUCUGCACCGCAAUCGGCUCAACAGCCCCGCCCAGAGUUCAUGGAAAAGCUCACAGAAAAUGUGGACAGGUUUGCCCGAGUUAUAGAAUCAAUCGACACAAAAGAGUACAAUUGCUGGGAUAUGAUAAAGGAGAUCCCGAGUUUGUGUGCUGAUGAUCGCUUCAGAGCUCUUGAUUUGCUUAAUACGAAAGCAAAAAAAGCUGAAUUCGUUAACAUGGCUGCAGAAGAUCGUGUAGAAUGGAUAUCAUAUAAAUUGAAAUGAUAUGUAUCCAGGAUUAGGAUUCUUGCCGAGAACCUUGUUCCCAUUUUGAGUAUUUGGGAUUAUUUGUAUGUUUAUUUCUUGAACAUUACUAUUUCUCAAUGUUUUUGGGAUAAUGUUAUUAACUAGUAUAGUUUUUUUUUAGCUAUUUAUGUACUUUGAAGACUGCUAAAGUCUGCAAUGGCCAACAAGCUUGACCCUGAAGAUGCAUUUGGUGGGACUUCUACUCUAAGCAACAUUGGAGCAGUUGGUGGGAAGUAUGGUUCCCCUCUAACCAAUGUCCCCGAAGUUGCCAUAAUUUUUGCUGAAGAUGGAAAUGUGUGUAUCCAGCAUCAGUUUUGUUUUGACAGUAAACAUAGGAGUUGAUCAUAGAGUACUUGAUGGACCUACUGUUGCAACGUUCUGUAAUGAGUGGAAAAGUUAAAUAAAAGUCUACCAAUGUCUUAAUAUGUCUCAUGUCCAAAUCCA